AUGGGCCGUCGCGGUCAGCAGCAGCGCGUAGAGACGGAAAACAGAGCUCACAGGAUCGCAAAGCGCAGAACGCUGAGCGGUCUAGAAGAGGAGUCGAUGGGCUCAUGGAAAUCAUCACCUCGAUAUCCUUAUCCUGCUAGCAGCGCCGGCGGUGCCGGUGGUGAGAGAUCCCGGAGUGGUUCACUGGAACCUUCAGGGAUCGAGGUAGGUCGCCAGACAACUACUGCUCGGCGUCAUCCAGCCCGAGACUUGGAGCAGGAAGACGACGACUGGUAUGAUCAUCAACAAGGCCGUCACCAUGUGCCUCGCGCCAACAGGUCGGGGUUACAGGACCCUUCCCGUGCUCAUGACCGUCGCCAGCCUCGACAGCAGUAUCACGAACGUCCCCCACCUGAUGCGAUUGAAGGGAGGCAGCAGCUGCGGCUAGCACAGCCUACGCGCGGCCAGGAGUAUCGGCCAUCAUUCCAACCCCAGCACCGAAAUCGCGGACAACAAGAUCACGCCAGUGAGGAAACAAGCGCUAACAUGGAGCGCAGAGGCCACGCGCAUCCUUCGGUAGUUCGACCCCAAGGGUCAGCCCCGCCGACCGAUCCGCGUCGAAGGCGGCCGCGUCCACAACCUCGAAAGGCUGACGUGUCUCCAACUGCGAGCAGUGCCAGCGGGAGCAGCACCGCGAGGGCUUUUGUUCCCACUGCUGCUGCUGCUUCUCCUCCUGCGGGGCGCUCGUCUCCGCGGGAAUUAGCCGUAAAUGGCACUCGGCGUUCGGCAUUCCCGCGUGGCAUAGACUACAACGGCGUUGGGGUUCAGGUGGGAACAUUGGCUGAGGAAGGGAGGGAAAGAGGAGACGGGAAACGCUGGGCCGCUGGUUGCGAUGGCGCGCCAAAGGGCUCAUUCCCGGAGGAGGAAGAGGAGGAGGAGGAGGAGGAGGAGGAGCAUCUUGCUUAUGGUUCUGGGAAUUACCACGAAGAGGGGAGCCGAGCAUACGACGCUGCUGAGCAUGAACCGGAGUUUCGAGGGCNGGAGGAGGAGGAGGAGGAGGAGAAGGAGAAGGAGGAGGAGGAGGAGGAGGAGCAUCUUGCUUAUGGUUCUGGGAAUUACCACGAAGAGGGGAGCCGAGCAUACGACGCUGCUGAGCAUGAACCGGAGUUUCGAGGGGUCAAAGCAGAACCCAGGCCCACCGAUGCUCGAUUCGCUCGUCGAUAUUCGGCGGAGGCCGGCGGUAGCGAACGUGACGACCGCAGUAGCAGCAGCAACAGCAUCGAAGGCAGGGGCCGGAUGAGACCGCCAGGGAAAGGCGUCCACGAAGAGGUGCAGCGUCACCAAAGACGAGACGGUGUCGACGGCGAUGAAAGCCGCAGGCUGAGAGAGGGACGGAACCUUGGCGGUGAUCGACAGCCCUCCCGUCUCGCCGUUACGAUGGAGAGCGUGACUUUGGGCGGCAGACGUGCUCCGCCUCCCCCUCGUGGGCCCCACGGGGGUAGGGGUGUACACGUGCGUUUGCCUCUUCAGGGUCGGCCAGCUCCCCCCGCGCACCACGGCGCGUUGCUCCCGCCCAGAGGAGCUAUGCCGCAAGAUCACAACCCUCAUUGGAGGCAGCAGCAACAGCAGUUCCCCCCGGGGCGAGGACUGCCGCCGCCCCGUGCCAACAUCGGCGCCGUGCCUCAAGGCGGGUAUGCUCACGGCUCUGCGUCACCUCCGCCACGGUGGCCAAUCAACCAGCACGCGGGUGCAAGGCCAUUCCACGGGGGUGGCGUCGGCAACGCUAGCGAAGGCGGCGGAUUUCAUCAUCAGCAGCAGCAGCCGCCGCCGCAUCAUCAUCAGCAGCAGCAACAGCAAGCUCGUCUGCCCAUCAACCACCCUCGUGCGCCUUUGGCACCUCCAGGUCCUUCGAACGGCGGAGGGCAGGAGCGCCGUUCUGCCUAUGCCACGGCCAUGCACAACAAGAGGUUCAUGGGGGCCUCGGGUAACCAAGGGCCGGGCGGUGGGGCAGGAGAGCCACAACAAGGGCUGUCCGCCGGCGGUGGCGGCGGCGGUUUUGGGCUGCCGACUGGCCGUCCCCCGGUGAUGGCCCCGCGCGGCGAUCCCCGCCCUCCUCUCGUCCGGCAUGGAUUCCAAGGACGGGGACCACCCGCCCGUGGGCCUCCGGGGACCGGCGCUUUCGGGGGCAUCGGCAUCGGUGGCGGCGUCGGUGGCGUUGGCAAUAUCGGGAGGCUGGGUGUUGCGCCGCCGCAAGGACGGGGACCACCCCCCCGUGGACCUCCGGGGAAUGGUGCUUUCGGGGGCCUCGGCGGGGGUGUCCGCGGCGGUGGUGUUGGCAAUAUCGGGAGGCCGGGUGUUGCGCAGCCGUGGGUUUCAUUGGGAGGAAGCAACGAGGAAGAUGGGGAAGGGUUCCCACUGGUCCAUACCAGUCCGGAAUGGACGCCGGCGUGGGUGAUGAAACGGGAUCAUCGCAGCGGCACCGUCCAAGGUGCGUACCGGGGCAACGCUGGUGGUGGUGAUUGUGAGGCUGGCACUAGCGUUGGUUGUGGAGAGGAGGGGGUGGGUGGGGAUGAGCGUGUUCAGCGAGAAAGCGCGAUGAGCGAGAGCAACGGGAGCUCUGCAGCAGCAAGGGCGGCGGAGGGAAGAAAUGAGAGCGACCGUCCGAGGCUUUUGGUCGAGUCUGCUGUCCGUGAUAAGGAGGAAGAGGAAGCUGGUAGCUUGGCAGGCGCAGCAGUUGGCGAAGGCGGCAAACCCGCCACUGAUGCUGGAGGUGCCACUGCUUCUUCUUCUAGUUGUUCUUCGGUGACACUCCUGCCCCCCUGCGAGCGGCGGUUGGAACCUUCCCCUCUCUCCAGACUGACGUGGAGUGUCGGAGACUUGAUGAAUAGUUUCCCUGGGCUCGCCAUCCCCGACAGCUUGACUCACGCGAUCGCUUCGUGGGCCGCGCUGGACACGAGGGCUAUAGGGGUGAUUCCUAUGCUCUGCCAGCCGUUGACAGACGCUAGGGCAGCAGCGGGAGAGGAGAGCGUGAGCGGUGGCCCGUAUGCCUCCGGGGGGAAGGGGAAGGGGAAGGGAAAGGGUAAGGGUAAGCGAAAGCGGAACGAGAGAAGACAAGCGGUGGCGGAGGGAGAGGGGGCGGCUACGGAGGGUCCUGUUCGGGUGUGGGAAGCCAGGCAAGCUAUUUGCCGGACAGUGGAGGGCCUCGUCCCACGACGACACAUGAAACGGCAUCUUUGA